AUGUCAUCCACAUCAUUUGCGCAGAGCUCCUCGGCCUUGAGAAAGAAAAAGACGUUAAAAAAGGGGAUUCAGUUCACCUUGAUGAUUGUGGGCCAGUCGGGUAGCGGCCGGUCAACCUUCAUCAACACGUUGUGCGGUCAGGAGAUCAUCGAGUCGUCCAUCACGGUGCCAUCACCGGACAACGCCGACCACGUAAAGGAGUUGCAGUUGAGACACGAGAGCGUGGAGUUGGAGGACAACGAGGGCGUCAAGAUCCAGCUCAACUUGAUCGACACGCCCGGGUUUGGCGACUCCAUCGACAACGAGUUCCAGUUUCCGAUCAUCCUUGACUACAUUACGCACCAGUACGACGAGAUUUUGUUGGAAGAAAGCCGUGUGAGACGUAAUCCGCGCUUCAAGGACGGCCGGAUCCACUGCUUGCUCUAUCUUAUCACGCCGACCGGCCACGGCUUGAGGGAGAUCGAUAUCACGUUCAUGCUGAAGGUGUGUCCACUUGUCAAUUUGAUUCCGGUGAUUGCCAAGGCCGACUCACUCACGCCUGAGGAGUUGGCGUUAAACAAAAAGUUGAUAAUGGACGAUUUGCAGCAGCACGGGAUUGACCACUACAAGUUUCCGUACGAUGCCGCGCACGACGACGAUGAAAUCAUCAGCUACAACGAGUACUUGUACUCCCGUUUGCCGUUUGCCGUCAUUGGGAGCAACGACUUCAAGACCUUGCCGGAUGGGAAUGUGUUGCGGAUUAGAAAGUUGCCCCACGGGGAGAUCAACGUAGAGGACGACGCGAUCUCCGACUUUCCCAUCCUCCGCAACACACUCUUGAUCACCCAUUUGAACGACUUGAAGGAGGGCACCCAUGAUGUGUUGUACGAAAAGUACAGAACCGAGGCCCUCUCCGGAAAGGACUACAGGCCGGACCACGAUGACUCAGGUUUCUCCGCACCGCAGUUCCACGCUGACGAAGUCGAAAGCAUGAACGAUUCCAUACUGAACCGUGAGGCGUACCACGCGCGUGAGGAGCAGAUCAAGUUAGAGGAAGAGCGCUUGCGUAAGUUCGAAGAGCGUGUUCAGAUUGACUUGGCCAACAAGCGCAAGGAGUUGAUGGAGAGGGAGAGAGAGUUGAAGGACAUCGAGGACCGUUUGGAGCGCGAGAUGCAGGAAAAGGGCAAGCUCCACGCGCAGGUCAAGGCCGAGGAAUAA